UUGUUAAUCCGUCAUAAUACACGAAAAAUUACACAUUACUUCUACUCAGGCAUACUUUUCAUAAACAUUCUCGUAUUAGACAAUGCUGGGUUUUCGUGAGAGCACAUAUAUGUGACUGGGUCUAGCUAAUAGGUCUGUGUGAUCCAAAAUCCCUAUCGUUCAUUUAUGUGCCACGUUGCUACUAUGGACCAAUCUUAAUCAUAAAAUUGCAAAACUCAAAGCUGUUUGCUAAAGGAAUUACUAUUUAUAUGAAUCUUUAUAUGGAAUGGCGUCCAAAAAAGAGACUAAUGUUAAAAAUAAGCUUUUAGCCUUUCAUUGGAAUCCUUAUAUAAUAUAGAAUCCAAAAAAUAUGCCUACAUGAUCCGAAUUCGACGAGGUUAGUUUCUAUGUCGAACAGUUAUUACGGACCCAUUUUCAACAUGAGUUAUCGAAAUAUUUAAUAUAGUUUUCCCACACAAAGAUUUAUUUUUCGCAUUUUUCGGUUAUAUGGUAAGGCGUUCAAAAAAUGUCUCCAUCUCAUUCGAAUUUUCAAAGCAAUUUCGAAUCUAGAAACAGUAUCACUCCAAACACACAAUUUCUUCAAAUUAAGGUAUUACAUGGAGAAUGGUUGAAAAAGCGGGCUGAUCCGAACGGUUCUCAGUGGGGUUCGUCCUUGGGGCAAGACACGUCCAAGCACCAAAUUUCUUUAGAAUAUCGCGAAGGUCGUCAUGUGUUGAGUGAAUUCAAACGGCCGGACAGAUAGACAGGCAAAGCAAUUCUGGAUCGAUAUGUGCUCAAAUAAUUUCGCAUAAAAAGCUGCUAUUUAUGCUAAAAGAAGAUGGAAAUAUCACCUUAGUGCAGACAUAUGAGAUAGAAGGAGGUAAUAUUCUCAUUAAUGUUAUUAGCAUUCUGCUUUAUUCCAAUUAACAUAGUCUAAUUUAGGUUAAAUUGAAUGUAUUCAAGGGCAUAACCUUAUUUUUCAUAUUCGUGACUAAGCUGUCUAUGCUGACAGGUUCAACAUUUUUUAGACUUGUAACUUAACUUAGAUAUCGUCUAAUUUUUUAAAAUAAAUUGGUUUUUGUUGCUCAAAAAAUUUCUGUGUCCAUAUUGUUGUCUCCUUUCACUACUCUUUUUUUUGCCAAACAAUUAUUCUCUCUGUUAUGGUUUGAAAACAUUAGUGAAAUACUCUUACUCUUUUUCAAUUCUGUUUUGAUGUGCAUAUUCGUUGUCAACAUUGUAUCGUUCUUAAUAUAAUUUUCAGAUUUAUUUCAAUUUUUCUUAAAAUUUCCGGCUUUCUCGAAGACUCACUUAUGCAAAAUACACCUUAAAUAUUUUUAUUGUUUUAUUAAAUUGUUUUUUAAUUAAGCUCAUCCGGAAAUUAUCAAAUGUUAAAUAGAACGUUAAACAACGCACACAGCUAAUAAAAACUAAACAGGUAUAUUGCAAAGAGAAUGAGCAGAAAUAUUCUCUCAAACAUUCUCUGUUUAUAUGUUGCCAUUAACAGUAAAGAGAGUUGUCAUGAACAGUUAAAACAUUUUAUAUUAUACAUAUAUAUUUACAUACAUAUACCCAUAUGAACCCACUUUUAAAGAGAGAUAUUUAAGUCAAAAGAUACUCAUCAAUCUUCAGUUCUGUCUCUUAAUAAUUAGAAAAAAGUUAUGAAGCUCUUAAAUGCAUUGGUCUCUCAAAAAAUUAAAGCAAUAAGCAGCUGAGGAAACAGUUAGUUAAUAGUAAAAAGCAUGUUUAUGUAAACGAAACAUUAUUAUAGUUAAAAGUAAAAGAAAAUAAAUAAAAUAAUAUGUUCCGUGCACUUAGAAGUGUUUUAUGUACUAAAUCGAAAUAUUCAGUGUUUUUAAACGAAACACCUGGAUGGAGGAUCGGGAGGAACCUACACAGCAGUCAAAGCAGAACAGCAAAAAUAUUUAAAGAUCAUGAAAAUAUUUAUGCUCAUCAAGUGUUGGAACAAUCUGCAAAUCCUUAUCAGUUAUUUUCUUUGCAUAAACAAGAACACUUCGCAUAUACGGAUUUAGAUGAAUCCAUAUUAAGUUUAAAGAGUGAUGAGAAAAUUAAUAAGGAUGAAUUAAAAAUUUUAUUUGAAAACUUUAAAGCUGUGGCAUUUUAUUGUAAAGCCACAAACUCCACAAUAUCAGAGCAACGUUUCAAUGCAUUUAGAAAUCGUUAUUGCGAGGGUGUAUCGUUGCUUAGCGAUGAACAAUUGUUGGAAUCAUUGAGAUUACUGCUAGUACUGCCAAAAGAAGAGUCGGUUAGAGCUGAUAAUUUCAUAGAGCUUUGGAAUGCUCUGGAUGUUGAAUGUUGCCGACGUAUUGAAAAUUGGGAUACUAAUGAAUUAUUGUUGGUUUGCGAUGCCUGGUAUAAACUGGAUUUGGCUCGUAUUUGCGAUUUUGUAAAAGAAGCCCUUCGAAAAAUGGGACGAAAAGUUCGAAAAAUGACAGCUAGUCAACUGGUCCAAACUAUGUUUUUAUGUAAUGUAAUGCGUUGCUCUUUAUAUGAAAUGAUGGAUUUUGAGGUAAAUUUAGCUCAUUAUGUUCAAAAUAUGUCUCUAGACGAGUUGGGUGUAAUGUCAAUGGGAUUCUUUAAAACGCAAACUCGCUUAAGGAAUCCUGAACUAUUAGACAACUUGUACAAAAGGUUAAUAAAUGAACUGGAUACAGCGAAAGAUAUAACAUUGGUAGCCAUAUUAAAGAUUUUGCGUUAUAGUUCGAAAAUACCUCAAGUCGAUAAAAUGAAAGAGUUAUUGGAUAAAAUGUCUCAAGAGAAAUUAGAAGCAAUGUCCUUAUUGACCUGCCUACAUGUGGCUUUGUUUGGGUGUGAAUUGCAAUUCUGUCAUAACAAAAUUGUCGAGUAUGUAUUAAUGCGUUUCGAGCGAGAGUUGGAACAAACGCGUCUAAAGGAUUUGGAACGUAUUUGCCUAGUUAUGGGUCUUUUUAACAUGAAAACGUCUACAGGCAUUGAAAAAACUCUCUGUGCGCGUGUUCUUCAUAUGUUAAACAAUCGAAUUGAUGAAAUCCUUAAAUAUCCAAACUGUUUUCUCAAUUGCUUGCAUUACCUCACGCUUUGCGGUUUUUAUAAUCAAGAGAUGUUGGCUGCUGCUUUAGAUGAAAAAUUUUUGAAGCAUGCUUGUGGCUCGAAUUUGGUCAUGAACAGAAACGUUUUUCAUCUCGACACUUUUGUAAAAGUGAAUUUAAAAGAUAAAAAUUACUUGGGACCUCAACUAGCCGACAAAUAUCGUAAGACAAUGGGUAAAAUGUUAACAUAUUACAUACCUGAGCGUAAUUCAAAGUACAAACUUAGCGCUACCGACCAUAUAUUAUUGGAAAUUAAGGAUAUUAUAAGUACUUUGCUACCUCAUAAUACAUUGAAGCAUAUACUACCCAACUAUGCACGUCCAGAUAUAGUAAUUUGUUACGAUAGUCAGCAACGCACAUCGUUACCAUUAUCUAACAUUUGCCCAGAAGACUAUAGCGAUUUGCUACACCUGUUUUGACAUCCAGAAGCUAUAUAUGCCCUUGAUGGCCAUAAGUUUUUGGAUCUCGAAUUUAAAAGUGCCAGUCCGUUUGUUUACUCUUGUAAAACGCUGUAAUUUAAUAUACGAUUCUCAAAAGAAAGAAAGAAGAGAAGAAGAGAGAUAGAGGGGCAUGAUCUCUAUUUAAACUUGCCUAUAAUAGCUGAAAAAAUGCUGUCGAAAAUAUGCAAGGUAUCGUAGACAUUGAUCUAAAACUUGCUAAAAGUAUUUUAUAACGAUAACCUAAUAAUUUGACGCGAAAACGUUUCGAAUUGACCAAUCGACGCAUUCACUGCCAUGGGAAAACCUUUUAAACGAUUGAAGUGGCGAAUAUUUAACGUUCGUCUGAAAGCGAAUAUUAUUAUUAUUAUUUUCUUUUUUUUUUGGUUUAUCGCUUAUCAAUUUUCU